AUGAGCGACUGCUCAAGUAUUAAUUGCUAUAUAGACCAAUAUUAUGAUUUAUUAUUAGAACAGAUGCAUCUUAAAAUUAGUAAUAAUACAUUCCCUUUUAAAAUUUACAAUUCUUCAAAUAAGGGGAAACAUAUUCAUUCUACCAUGAUAUUAAAUGAAAAUACAGAGAUAUUGCAAGAAGUACCGUUUAUUUGUUGGCCAAUAAAAUCUUCUUUUGGAUCUAUUAAGGAUAUUUCAUUUUGUGAAAACUGUAUGAAAAUUCGUAAUUCUGAGAAUUCAGAUACAUUUUUGAGUUAUUCAGAUCUAAAUAUAGAGAAAGAACUUUGUAGUUCUUACUGUUAUAAUAAGUGUGUAGGUAUUUCUAGAGAUGACAAUAAACCAGAACUUUUUAAUGGAUGGGGAUUUUAUAUACAGGGGAAAACUGGUCUAAAUAUGUUACGUGAUUAUCAAACAAGAAUUGAUCCAAAUUAUAAUCUCCCAAUAACUAUUGAGGCUAUUAGCCGUUGUAUAGCACAAUUAGCAGCUGACAUACACUUUUUUUGGAGCAAAUUAGGAAAGAUUUGCGAUAAUAUAAAUAAUGCCUUUAAUUUAGGAUGUAAAUCUGUUGAGAAUUUGAUUGCACCACCAGUAACUUUUUUCCCAGAAAUAAAUUUGGAAUUGGUAACUGAAUAUAUUAAUAUAGUUAUGUUUAAUAGAAUGAAAGAGGUUUUCCCUAAUGAAGUAAUACAUGCCUUAUUAGGCCGAUCAACUGUCGAGCAAAUUCUUGGUCAAUUAGUUUUGAAUUCUCAAGGUUUAAAUAUUUGGGGUCGUCGGAGUUUGAAUAUACCUAUAUAUAAUUCACAAAUAAGUAAUAAUAUACAAUGUAAUGAUGAAAUUGGGAUUAUCAAAGCAGCUUGUAUUUGCACAAUUCAAUCUUGUUUUAAUCAUAGUUGUGAACCAAAUUGUUAUGUGCAUGCUAUAGAUGAUGCAACUGUAGUAGUAACUACUAAUAAGGAAAUCUUACUAGGUGAAGAGUUAACCAUAUCAUAUAUUGACAAUACAUUAGAUUAUGAAUCUAGGAAAUCAUUAUUAAAGAAUUAUCAUUUUGAGUGUACUUGCAAUUUAUGUAGGAGACAACAAAGAUCAAGACCUAAUAAGAUUGAAUCUUCGGAUCCAAAGAAAGCUAAAUAUAUCAUGAUAGAAUGA